AAACUGGAAUAAGACAUUUAAAAUUUUUCAACCGUUAGAGAGCCAAUUCAGAUUUCUGCAUUACUGAACCAAAAUAUGAAAAUAAUCAUUUCCCCUUAUUUAUUUGUUCCCCUAUUCCCUCUUACGAAAUUUGAAUAAAGGGAGGAAGGAAACUAGAUCGAAGGAAAGCGGGGGUAAAGCUCGUUACGAAACAAAUGAAUGAGGAUAAGUAACCGUUUGGUGCUCCCUCUGACCAAUCAAACUCACUUCGCCGCCAUCCGACAAACACUCGGCCAUAAUCACCACGGUGGCCUCGACUUUGCCGCCUAUGGCGCCGCCAUACAGCGUUGUGCCGACCGCCGCCUCCUCCGCCAGGGCAAGCAGCUCCACGCGCGCUUCUUCCUGUUCUCCAUCACACCCAAUAACUUCCUCGGCUCAAAGCUUGUUACGUUCUAUGCCAAAUGCAACCUCAUGCACCAUGCACGCAAGGUGUUCGACAAAAUACCGAGCAAGAACUCCUUCUCCUGGAACGCAAUGCUCAUGGGCUACUCAUUCAACGGCAUGUUCCAUAAAACGCUAGACCUCUUUUACACCUUUUCUUUUACCCACACCAUGUGCAUUGAUAAUUUCACCAUAUCGUGCGUUUUGAAGGCGCUUUCUUCGUUGUUUUGUAGCUCAAAUUCGGCUAAAGAGGUUCAAUGCUUUGUUAUUAGAGGCGGUUUGGACAGAGAUGUUUUUGUUAUGAAUGCUUUGGUUACGUGUUACUCGAGGUGUGAUCAGGUUGUACUUGCACGGAAGGUGUUUGACGGAAUGCCGGAAAGAGAUACUGUGUCGUGGAACUCAAUGAUUUCGGGGUACUCGCAAGGAGGGUUCUACGAAGAGUGUAAGAGGCUGUAUUUGGAGAUGUUGGGUGUGCCGGAUGCAGCUACGGUUGCGAGUGUGAUGCAGGCUUGUGGACAGUCUGGGGAUCUUGUGUUUGGAAUGGAGGUUCACCAAAUGGUGAAUGACAGUGGAAUGGAGAUGGACAUGUUGCUUUGCAAUGCUGUGAUUGCCAUGUAUGCUAAAUGCGGUAGUUUGGAUUAUGCUCAAGAACUGUUUGAUGAAAUGAGUGAGAAGGAUGAGGUUACUUAUGGCUCAAUGAUUUCAGGGUACAUGGUUUAUGGGUUUGUUGAUAAAGCCAUGGCUGUUUUCAGAGAAAUGGCAAGGCCUGCAUUGAGUAAUUGGAAUGCUGUGAUUUCAGGUAUGGUUCAGAAUAACCAGUAUGAAAGGGUAUUGGAUUUGGUACAAGAAAUGCAGGCUUCUGGUUCAAGGCCGAAUGCUGUCACGCUUGCUAGCGUUCUUCCAUCUUUUUCAUACUUCUCAAACCUGCGAGGAGGGAAAGAGGUGCAUGCUUAUGCUGUUAGAAGAAGUUAUGUUCAAAAUAUAUAUGUUGCAACUGCAAUUAUUGAUACUUAUGGAAAGCUAGGGUAUAUCCAUGGGGCACAGAAGCUUUUUGAUCAAUCACAAAGCAGGAGCUUAAUAAUUUGGACCGCAGUUAUAACGGCUUAUGCUGCUCAUGGAGAUGCUAGUUUGGCGCUUGGCCUCUAUGCUCGGAUGCUAGAUGAAGGAAUUAAGCCUGAUCCAGUUACUAUAACUGCAGUAUUGACAGCUUGUGAUCAUUCUGGAUUAGUAGAUGAAGCUUGGGAUAUCUUCAAUUCAAUGCCAUCAAAUUGUGGAAUUCAGCCAUUGAUGGAACAAUAUGCAUGUAUGGUGAGUGUUCUUAGUCGAGCUGGGAAGCUCUCAGAGGCAGCAGAUUUCAUCUCCAAAAUGGCAAUUGAGCCAAGUGCUAAAGUCUCGGGUGCUUUGUUACAUGGGGCUUCUGUUUAUGGUGACGUAGAAAUGGGCAAGUUUGUGUGUGAUCAUUUGUUUGAGAUUGAACCUGAAAAUACUGGAAAUUACAUAAUUAUGGCAAAUCUAUAUUCACGUUAUGGGAGAUGGGAAGAAGCUGAUAAUGUCAGGGAAAAACUGAAAGGAAUCGGGUUACAGAAGAUCCGUGGAAGUAGCUGGAUUGAAACAAGUAGAGGGCUAAUAAGCUUCUUUGCCAAGGAUGUAUCAAAUGAAAGAUCUGAUGAGAUCUAUGCAUUGCUGGAAGGAUUGCUUGGUUUGAUGAGGGACGAAGGAUAUGCUCUGCGAGAUGAGUUAGAUUCUGAGAGACUUCUUUUGGUUAACAAUUAAGUCUUAAUUUAUGGUGAAAUAGAUUAGUGCAGAAACUAAACAAUACUUGUCUACCCAGAAAAAAAGUAAUGCUUUCCUGGAUUCUCUAGAUGAGGAUUUACUCUCCUUUCUAUGAAUUGUUAGUAGAAAAUUUAUGGCUGCUGAGUACUUCCUGUACACCUCACACCUGAGAAGACAAACAGAGGUUAAAAUGCUAGAAUCACUGAGCACCAGCAUAGCACCUAUUUAAUCUUGCUAUUUGGUGUACAAAGAGGUUAAAGGUCUUAUCUUUGAUUCAUAUAUUCAUAGUUCUUCACUUAAUAUUUAACAUUUUUUUGUUAAUAACUAGAGUCAGGUAUUUCAAGUUGAUAGAUUGCUCAGAGACAGAGUCAACUAGAAUACGCAGAAUUUUUUUUUCCCCUUCUCUUUUGUACCAAGUUUAGACCUGAGGUAAAAUCUUGCCGCAAUUUAAGAUCAGACAUACAAAUUCGAGAGAUUUUCUUUAGGUAUUACAAGUUCGAGAGAUUUAUUGGGUACAGAAAGUAAUUGGGCUUCAAUGUUAGUUGGCAGAGAAUCCUGAGAAGAUUUAUUGGUUACUGUAAAACCAUUGAUCCAACAUGAAUGCUUAGUUCGAAAUUGUGUGUGGAAAGAUGAGACGGGGACCUAACAUUUAGCAAAAAGGGAGGCGCUUUCUGUUGAGAAGGGCUCCACAUAUGGGACCCACUUUUUUUAGGGGAUCGCCAAAUUGGUCAGAUGAUACUUAGGGAUGCACAGUGCAUUGCUUUCGACAAAGCCAGUUGUAACUUAAUGAUGGA